CCAAUCAGCGUGCAGUAAUUACUUCCUUUGGAGGCAGUGGAGCUUGUAAAGGAGUCUCAACUACAGACUGUUUAUAAAAAGGUCUCAACGUUAGUUUUCCAGUUGUGUGACUGUAACGAUGCCGUAUGCUAACCAACCGACGGUAAAAAUCACUGACCUCUCAGACGAAAAUGUCAAGUUCGUCAUUGAAAACACCGACUUAGCGGUGGCAAAUUCCAUCCGUCGUGUCUUCAUGUCAGAGGUUCCCACUAUAGCAAUAGAUUGGAUCCAGAUCGAUGCCAACUCCUCAGUACUGCACGAUGAGUUCAUAGCACACAGAGUUGGUCUCAUACCUCUCACAAGUGAUGACAUUGUGGACAAGCUGCAGUAUUCUAGGGACUGUACCUGUGAUGAUUUCUGUCCAGAGUGUUCUGUUGAGUUGACACUGGACGUUCGAUGCACCGACGAUCAGACGCGCCAGGUCACCUCACGUGAUCUUCUGUCCAACAACCCCAGAGUUAUCCCGGUGACUUCCAGGAGUCGAGACAAUGAUCCUAAUGACUAUGUCGAACAAUAUGACAUUUUGCUGGUGAAGCUUCGUAAAGGUCAGGAACUGCGACUCAGGGCAUACGCAAAGAAAGGCUUUGGUAAGGAGCACGCCAAGUGGAACCCAACAGCAGGGGUGUCCUUCGAGUAUGACCCAGACAACUCACUAAGGCACACAGUCUUCCCACGACCUGAGGAGUGGCCAAAGAGUGAAUACUCAGAGAUUGAGGAGGAUGAGGUUCAGGCUACCUAUGACCCUAAUGGAAAACCAGAAAGAUUCUUUUACAACGUGGAGUCAUGCGGCUCUCUGCGGCCAGAGACCAUCGUCAUGUCAGCACUGGCCGUCCUCAAGAAGAAGCUGAGUGACCUGCAGACGCAGCUCAGCCAUGAGAUCCAGAGUGAUGUGCUCACCAUCAACUAAAGGCGUCUCACUAACUUUGUAAUGAUCACAUGGCACUGUCACAUUCAUGUCUGUGGAAUUUAUGGAUUCUUCCAGACCCAGUGCAGGGAAGUUAGUCCCAGAAUGAUUUAACUAAAGUUUUGUUGCCUUUAGUGAGAAAUUAGAUUGGGUUAAAUAAAUCGUUUUUUCAAAAAAUAUUUUUUCAGAGAUUCUAAUUCCUUAGUGGGUUUAGGAUUACUUUGGUUUAAUCUGCACAUAGACUAAUUGGUUUAUUACAGAUUUCAGUAUUAUGGGGUCUGAUGUGCCUAUAUCAAUACAUUUAAUAAAACAAUGCAGACGUUUUUUGGUAUUAAAAACAAUAUUGGGAUACACUCCCAAUAUUUUUUUUAUACCAAAAACACUUUUCGUCUGUUAGUCUUUUCUUGGUUUCACCAGAUUUUUUUUUUUUAAUAAAUCUAGUGUUGUUCACUUCACUUUCAAAGUUUCAAUUGACUAUACUAUGGCUUUAAAUACUAAAUUACAACCAAUAAAAACACACCAAAUGA